AGAGUGUGUGAGGCAGAGCAGGAGUGUGUGGUCAGGCACUCUUGGAAAGAAACGUACGUGACUUCACUUGGCAGUUAACGUUUUCUUUUCUGGUAAGUCGUAAACUCUGAUACCCAUGGAUGCUGCAGAGUUUCGCAAGAGAGGGAAGGAGAUGGUGGACUAUGUUGCAGAUUACCUGGAGAAGAUAGAUAAAAGACAGGUCUUCCCAGAUGUGGAACCAGGGUAUCUGAGGCCCCUCAUUCCGGACUGUGCACCCCAGGAUCCUGAGAGCUUUGAGGAUGUCUUUAAAGACAUUGAGAAGAUCAUUAUGCCAGGGGUGACUCACUGGCACAGUCCAUACUUCUUCGCCUAUUUCCCUGCAGCCAGCUCCUUCCCAGCUCUUCUUGCAGACAUAUUAUGUGGUGGAAUAGGAUGUGUGGGCUUCUCUUGGGCUGCAAGUCCAGCAUGCACAGAGCUGGAGACUGUCAUGCUGGAUUGGCUAGGGAAGAUGAUUAAUUUGCCUGAAGAGUUUUUAGCUGGGAAAGAUGGACAAGGUGGAGGAGUCAUUCAGGCACCAGCCUGGAUGAACAACAGCCAGGAUGCCAGAACGUCUUGUGGCACUCCUCAGAAGACUGAGACUGUACUUGAGCCCACUCAGCCAGGCAGUCUGAAGAAUAGUGGAGGCUUAAAUGUCCAGGGAAGUGCAAGCGAGGCCACCCUGAUUUCACUGCUUGCUGCAAGAACAAAAACUAUUAGGCGGGUGCAGUCAGAAAACCCUGAGCUAACUGAGGCAGACAUCAUGGGCAGGCUAGUGGCCUAUGCUUCUGAUCAGGCUCAUUCAUCAGUGGAAAGGGCUGCAUUAAUCGGUGGUGUGAAGAUUAAAAAUGUUUCUUCAGAUGAUAAAUUUACUGUUUGUGGUUCAGCCCUAAAGAAAGUUUUGGAUGAAGAUAAAGCUUCUGGUCUUAUCCCGUUUUUUUUUUGUGCAACACUUGGAACCACACCUUGCUGCUCCUUUGACAGACUGUUAGAACUGGGUCCUAUUUGUAAUAAGGAAAAUAUCUGGAUGCAUAUUGAUGCAGCCUAUGCUGGGAGUGCAUUCAUCUGUCCUGAAUUCAGGCAUCUUUUAAACGGAGUAGAGUUUGCGGAUUCAUUUAACUUUAAUCCUCACAAGUGGCUCCUAGUGAAUUUUGACUGCUCUGCUAUGUGGGUGAAAAAAAGAUCAGAUUUAAUAGGUGCCUUUAAAUUAGAACCUCUUUACCUGCAGCAUCACCACCAGGAGUCUGGCCUUGUAACAGAUUACCGGCACUGGCAGAUCCCCCUGGGGAGGAGGUUCCGCUCCCUGAAGCUCUGGUUCGUGCUGAGGAUGUAUGGGGUCACGGGACUGCAGGAGCACAUCCGCAAGCACGUCAGGCUGUCACAUCAGUUUGAACAUUUAGUCCUUCAGGAUGAAAGAUUUGAGAUCUGUGCUGAGGUUGUCUUGGGACUAGUCUGUUUUCGGCUGAAGGGCUCAAAUGAAGUAAAUAAGGCGCUUCUCAAAAGCAUAAACGAGGCCAAGAAGAUUCACCUGGUCCCGUGCUACCUGCGAGAGAAGUUUGUGCUACGUUUCGCUAUUUGUUCCCGCGUGGUGGAAUCCACCCACGUCAAGUUUGCCUGGCAGCACAUCUCACGGCUGGCGACUGACCUCCUGCAAACAUGGGAGCACGACGACCACCAGCAGUAAAGGUGGCAAAGUAGCAGUGGGGAGGAGGUGAUUAGCUGGCUUUCUCUGUGUUGCCAAGCUUUAUUUUAGGGGCAGGUGGGAAAGUCAAAUUAUGAGGGAAAAAAAUACAAAACCUGUUGUUUCGUAGCCCAGCUGCAGGAGCAAAACCCUUGCCAGCAUGUUGUGUUGUAACCUUGGUGAUUCGUUCUCUGCACUGUAUUCUUACGCACCGCAUUCUCGUCUUGCCUCUUUCCAGGCUGGAUGUGGCUGUGGGGGCUCAAGCUGUCAUUUCUUACCAUUUCUUAUCUGUUUGUUAUCAAGAGCGUUUAUUGAACCAGGCAACUCAAAGGGAAGCAUUAUUACUCCCUCUGUCGUCGUCAAUAAGCCCCUAGCACACCCACUCCAUUCUCCGUAGAUGAAACUGUGAGGUGUUAUAACCAAAUAAUUUAAUGUUUUUGUGACCUCAGAAAAAAAUCCAGGUUGUGAGAAACUCAGUAACUUGGUUAUACACUGUUUGCAUCCUAUCUAAACAGGCAAGUGCAAAGGUAAUGAUUCGUUAUUUUUGGUAUUCAAUAUUUUUGUAACUCCAGUUGGGACUUCAAGACUUCUUUCAUUACAUAGCCAAAUCAGGGGGAGUUGUGCAUUAAAUUGAACGCCCUUAUGGCAGGUUCUCUACUCUCUCCUUAAAGGUUUGCUUUUAAGACAGCGAUUUCAUGAUAUCUCAGCAAAUAUUCUAUGCUGCUUAUUGGUUUUCACUUGAAUCAUUCAGAAUGAGGCCUCUUAAAAGCUCCUUCUUCAGAGUUUUGCCAAAAUCCAUGUGCUACCUGAUGUUCUGUAUUUUUAACCAAGUUAUUAUAAGCAGUAACUACAUAAAAUAAAUAAUCUGUAAACUAUGUUGUGUGAAAUGGAAUGGUG